GCAUAUCUCCCCGCUCCGUACCCCUCUCAGCCGUCACUCAGCAGGAACUGUGCCGUUCAGGUGCAGCAUCGAUCACGGUACAAUAGACAUGUCCACAAGAUCCUUUAUUCGUCUUGGUGCGUAUUUGGACCAACGAAAAGAUUAGGAUCUCAGUCCUUCCGUGGACUAGCAUUGAGGGGAAACGUUUUGAGUGGCCAGAAUCCGCAGCCAACGUAUAGGCGGUUCGACAAUGUCGACUGCAGCUCCCUCCGGAACUCGAUGGAAUGGCCCACGGCGUUUAUCGGUUUUCGAAUCUGUCAGAUGGCACAUGGCUUGCUCCGUGACGGCCAACUGCGAACUCCUACUCUGCACUUCAUGCGCAUCAGAGUAAGAUCCUUGUAG